AUGAGGGAAGAAAAAAGAAAACAUUUAAAUAUUUCACCAUUAUAUUGGAUUACAAAUAAUGUUAUAAAGUGGGCAAUAGAAAAGUAUAAAGAAGAUCCAGAAGGAGAUUUUAUAAAAUUAAGAAAUAUAUACAAAUAUCAUUUAAUAAAUGAGAUAUUAAAUUUAUUAGGAAAUGAUCUUGUUUUAACAUUAUAUCAAGAUAAUAAACUAAAUAAUAUUUAUAAAGAAAUUAUGCAGCCAAUUAUUGAGAAUUUUUCAAAAUCAUAUAAUAUGAAAUUGAAUUUUAUUAAUAAUUAUUAUUUUAAUAAAUAUGAUAUGGAUAUUGAUGUUUCAUAUAAAUUAAAAAAGAAGUUAUAUAUGCUAAAUAUAUGGGAACUUAUUGCUCUUAAUACAAUUUGUCAAUGGCUUAAUUCUUGUAUUCUUGGUAUAGAUUUAUUUGAUAAAAAGUAUAAUAUAAAGUAUGUCCAGAAUAUUGCAAAUAUUGAGAGGAAUUAUCAAUGUAAAAUAUGGGGGAUAUCACCUCAACAUAAAAUAGAUGAUAAAAUAGAAUAUUUGUGGUUGAAAAGUGCAAUUCUAUUAAAAUCCUUAUGUAGUCCUUCAAGAAUUAGUAUAGAUCGAAGUACAAUAAAUUAG